AUGAAGCUUGCAGUCAGCUGUGCAAUGAAUCAGAAUAGAAGCAUGCAGACACAUGACCUGUUUAUGAAGAAGGGAAUUCCAAUCAAGUCCUUUGGCACCAGCCCCGUUAUAAAACUCCCGGGGGAAGCAAUAGAUAAGCCGAAUGUGUAUAGCUUUGACUGGACCUACCAAAAGAUUUAUAACGAUUUGUGUAUGAAAAACGAAGACUACUACAGAGAGUCUGGGAUUUUGUAUCUACUGGAACGAAACAUGGGAGUAAAGGAGAAGCCCGAGAACUUCUUCCAGAGGUGUGAAGACUUUGAUCUAGUGAUAACAUGUGAGGAGAGGGUGUUUACCAGCAUAUUUGAGUACUAUGUAGAUACGCCUUCGUGCACAAAACACUUUUUCAUGGUGAACUUCGAUAUUAAGGACACACCGUCGGAUGCCAUCACAGGGGCGCAGGAGAUACUUGAGUUUGUAGAGGAUGUGCUUUCUCUGGAAGAGGAGGGAUUGAGCUAUGCCGUGGAUUUGGCGCUGAAGAAACACUUCGAGAGAAAAGGGGUGAUGCUUCUGUUUACUGUUGUGAAUCUAUAG